AUGCCAAGGACAGACAGCGAAUUGAAAAAGCAAAAAGAAAGCCGUCAGCGACAGGACUCGAACCUGUGCGGCCGAAGCCAACCCGUUCUUCUGGUAGAUUAUCUUCACUUGACCAAAGCGCUGGGUCAUGUUGCUCUCUCGCAGCUGCCUUUCCAGGUGCUCGUCUCUCCGGCCCGGUAUAUAUCCACAUUGAGGCCGUCAUCGCCGUCUGUCAUAUCGGUUCUGACAUACACCCCGCAAUCAACUUUGACAUCAUUCCACCGUCUAUUUGGUCGGCUAGUUAUUUCGCCGCUAUUACUCGCGCACGCUGCGCUGUACCUGUCGUUCUUCAUCCAGUCGACUCACCCAGAUUUCAGGUCUUUGCUGGCCAAACGGAUCCGUGACUUGGAUGUCCAGUGGGGCGUGUUCGGAAUACUGAUGGCGAUCAUCAUUGUUCUCUUUACGCGGCCCACGGGAUCAUCCCCUGGGCUGUGGGUAAGGAAGGCGACGUCCGUCCAGUCGAAGCGACGAGUAUUCUACUUGGUGCAUGUGUCAUUGGUUGCUGUGCUCUGUCUGGCUGCCUACAACCACGUUGUUCAUGCUCAACUGUUCGUUAUCGAAACGCUGGGGGCUUCAAUGGUCAAUGCCGCAUGUUGUUGGAUGUUGUCAUAG